AUGGACGGCACAACCCAAAACACUGAUGCUGAAAUUCCCAAGCAUACCCUGCCGAAUGACACCGAUCAACCCGGAGAACCGCCGAUGAAGAAGGCUAGAUUGGAAGAGCCCAUCUCGGAGCAGCAAAAUGGAGAAGCUCCCAAGGUCCAGAGGCAAAAAGGAGUAGCGCCGAUCAAGACAGAGUUUCUCAUUCCCAAGCCCCAGCAGACUCAAUCAGCAGAAACCAACGCAGACGACGCCGCCGAAGCGGCCGCUUAUCAGGACCGCGAUGACGAGAAGAAAGGAAAGAAGAAGAAGAACACUGGGCAAAAUAAGAACCGCACUUUCGGGACGUCAAAAGAUUUGAAGGGGCUUUGCGCUACGAGGGUUUUUGCUCCGGAAUUUUCACCUGCUGAAUGCCAGUUUAGUGACAAUUGUCGGUUUGAACAUGACUUGCGAGCAUACUUGAAAGAACACAAGCGCGAGGAUCUCACAACUUUGAAUGGCGUUUGUCCCGUGUGGGACGCUCGUGGGAAGUGUGAUGCUGGCUGGAAGUGUCGAUUCUCUGGCUCUCAUGCGAUCGAACGGGAAACCGAAGACGGCAGGAAGGAAUUAGUGCUGAUCGAGGACGAGGAGCGCAAGAAGAAAGCCCAGCCGCUUGUUCCCUUUGCAGCGGAAGACGGCACCGUGAAUACGACUACACCCGCAGAGAAGAUAGCGCUUGCGAAAAGACAGAGACCGACACCACGAGCUGACGAGUAUGGCAAUUGGUUGGAUUUGACAUCCAAGGAGCUGGAAGCGCUCUACCAUAAACGGAAACCGAGCAAAGAUGACCAAGCAGAUACUGCCGAAGACAAGGAGAAAGAAGAGAAAGAGGGGAAAGAAGAAAACCGGGCGACAUAUACAGAGGCCCCCUUUAUGCCCUCUGAGAAGAGGCGACUGUACUUCGGGCCCGAGACACCUGCCCUAGCGCCUCUGACUACGCAGGGAAAUCUACCCUUCAGGAGACUUUGUGUGGAACUUGGUGCCCAACUCACCUACUCCGAGAUGGCCCUCAGUAUGCCAUUAAUUCAGGGCCACAAGCCAGAGUGGGCUUUGAUGCGGGCACACGAAACCGAGGCGAUGCCGCCAACCGUCUCUUCGCGCGCCAGCGUAGUACAAGGCUAUGACAAUUCCAAGGAUAUGAGGUUUGGCGCCCAGAUAGCAGGAAACAAGUACAGAUGGGUCAUGAAAGCCACCGAGGUUCUCUCCAGUCUUACUCCUAACCUUCGCGUUAUUGACCUGAAUUGUGGUUGUCCUAUCGAUCUCCUAUACCGGGAGGGCUCCGGGUCGGCGCUGCUUGACGCGCCAUCCAAACUAGAGAAGAUGCUCCGAGGAAUGAACGCUGUCUCGCAAGAGAUCCCUAUUACAGUCAAAAUUCGCACGGGAACAAGGGACAACGCUCCUAAUGCCCAAAAGCUGGUCGAACGUCUCGUUCUUGGAGGCCACGAGGCCAGCCUGCUCAACUGUGGUCCUACUGGUGUAGCAGCAGUCACACUCCACGGACGCAGCCGGCAACAGCGGUACACAAAAGAGGCCAACUGGGAAUAUAUCUCGGAAACCGCGGCGCUCAUCAAGCGCCUCAAUGAGAAGUCAGAUCAAAUUACGGACACCAUCCGAGAGCCUGAAGAGCGGAUGCGGCCAAAUGGCGGAAAAACCUGGUUCUUAGGAAAUGGCGAUUGCUACUCUCAUGCUGACUACGAAGACCAUAUCAGGAAUGCCGGAGUCGACAGCGUCAUGGUCGGUCGAGGAGCCCUAAUCAAGCCAUGGCUCUUUGAAGAGAUCCAAGCAGGCCAGUACCUCGACAAGUCGCCUACUGAACGGUUAGCGUACAUCGAGAAAUUUGCCAGGUAUGGCAUGGAGACAUGGGGAUCAGACGAAUACGGUAUCGGCAUUACUCGGCGCUUCCUGCUUGAAUGGCUGAGCUUUGCAUGCCGCUACGUGCCCAUCGGUCUGCUCGAGUAUCUUCCGCCAAGGUUGAACGAUAGACCUCCGUACUGGCGAGGUAGGAAUGAUCUGGAGACACUGAUGGGUAGUCAUAACCAUAAGGAUUGGGUCAAGCUCAGUGAGAUGUUCCUUGGCCCAGCUCACAGGGACUUCAAAUUCGAGCCUAAGCACAAGUCCAAUGCCUACGAUACAGAAGGUUAG